CUACUCAAUUAUUUUUUAUAUCGAUAUUGACCACGGGCAAUUAUUGGAAAUGCUUAGAAUGGCACAUCAACAAAGUGAACAUCAAGAUGAAUUAGCUGAAGAUUUAAAAAUAGCUGUGGGGGCUAUGGAAAUUGCUGAGAAGAAAGUUUGUGAUGUUAUGACACCUGUUGAAGAUGUUUUUAUGCUUGCAGAAGAAGCUAUUUUAGAUGCAGAAUGUGUUAGUGAAAUUGUUAGAAGGGGGUAUUCGAGAAUACCCGUUUAUGUUGAUAAUAAUAGAAAUAAUGUUACAGGCCUUUUAUUUAUCAAAGAUUUGGCACUUUUAAAGCCAAAUGAACGUUUUACUGUUAGAACAAUAUGUGAUUUUUAUAAACAUAAAUUGCGGUUUGUUAACGAAUCUACUCCAUUACAGACAAUGCUUGAGGAAUUUAAAGAGGGAGAAUAUCAUUUAGCAGUUAUUCGGGGAGGGGAAGGGGACGAAGAGGAGGAGGAAGAAGAAGGUGGAGGUGGAGGAGAAGGAGGGGAAAAGAAUCCAAUAAUUGGAAUAAUAACAUUAGAAGAUAUUGUGGAAGAAAUUUUACAAGCAGAAAUUGUUGAUGAAAGUGAUGUUGUUACUGAUAAUAAAUUUAGAAUAAAAAGGUUAACAAAAUGGCAAACAGAAGGGAAAAUUAGAAGAAAUUUAAUUAAAAAUUGUUUUGGAGAAAGUUUUGGGGAAGAGGAGGAAGAUAAAUAUAAAUGUUUAUCUACAACGUUAACUAAAGUUAUAGUUCAUUGGCUUUCUACAAGUCACCCAAAUUUAUUUGGUGAAAAAGUAAUUGAUAUUAAAGCUUUAUUUUUACUUGUAAGAAGAAAUGUUCAUAAAAUUGAUUUAUGUAGACCAAAACAGGGGGGAUUUAAUUAUAUUAAUGGAGGGAAAGAAGAAAAAAUAUUUCUUUACAGAACCUUCUGAUCG